AUGACCAGUGACUGUCUGUUGCCAUAUUACACGGCCAAGAGUGGCUCCAGGGUGGGCAUGUUCAACACCGCCAUGGGGAAACUGCAGCGACAGCUGUACAAGGGAGAGUAUGACAUAUUCAAGUACGCACCAAUAUUUGAGAGCGACUUUAUCCAGAUCACCAAAAGGGGAGAAGUGAUUGACGUGCACAACCGUGUCCGAAUGGUGACCGUGGGCAUCGCGUGCACCAGCCCCAGCCUCCCACUCCCUGAUGUCAUGCUGCUGGCCCGACCGGCCGCCAGCUGUGACGAGUAUGGUGGACAGGGCCAGCCCACCAAGGGGAGACGCUGCAAGGCUGCAAAGGCCUUAGAGCUCACCAGGCUCCUUCCCUUGAAGUUUGUAAGGAUCUCUGUUCACGACCGUGAGAAACAACAGCUGCGCCUAAAGUUUGCCACCGGCCGUUCUUGCUACCUGCAGCUGUGUCCACCUGUACAUUCACGGAAAGACCUCUUUGCCUAUUGGGAAAGACUCAUUUACCUCCUGCGGCCCCCUGUGGACAGUAACAGCAGCACCUACGCCGUUCCAGCGGAGGACAUGUGCAUGCCUGUGCUUGAGGAAGACACAAUGAGCCUGGGGGGCGCGGAUUUGCAAGGAAAGGGGGAUCAGGACCAGGUCAGCAUCAGGAGCCUCCACAUAGUCUCUGAGGUGUGCGGGGCCACCUCUGCCGCUUAUGCUGGGGGGGAGUGGGUCCAACAUGACUCCCACAAACCCCUCGGUGUGCCUGAUGCAUCCACCCCGAAAACAAAACCUACAGAUUUUGCCAAAGAGUCAGCAACAGGGGCAACCACAGAGGUAGCAGUUGCUGGGGCAGCUGCGGGCACUGUAGGUGCUUUGAGUUUGGCGGCGACCAGGUCUGGAGACGUAAGCACCAUCGCAGGAGGGGCCGUCCUAGGAGGAAGCAAGAGCAACAUAGCCAUUGCAGGCACUGCCAGCAAGUCUCCAAAGAGCAUUAAGGUGGCUGCGGCAGGGGCUGCAAGCAAGUCCUCCGAGCAUAUUUCCAGCACAUCCACUAACGUCUCCCCAGAGGGCACCAUGAGUGUGGCGAUUGCCGGCAUAGAACCUACCAGCAAGACUGCUGGAGAAAGAGACAACAGUCCAGCAGAGGAACCUCCCAUCUCAACCUUGCUGAGCGAGAGCAGCCUGAGCGAACCCCACGGCAGGUGGCACGCCCAUGCCAGCGCUGAAGCCCGCAAGGAACAGAGGGAGAGGAGGGGGAAAAGGGAGAGAAGGGACAAGGACAGAGCGCUCAGUGGCAGGAGUACCCAUGACUGCAGGACAGGUGAGAGUGGCCGCAAGACAAGCAGAGACAAGAUAGCCCGAAAAUCCUCCAGCCGGUCCUCAUCCAGCCACGGAGCCAGCAGGGAAGACAGAAAGGACAAACGGCGCCGCAGCCCGGGGGCCAGCAGUACUGGCAGCUCGCACAAAGGCGUCAACCACACCCUCAUCACCAAGGAUUCGAGGACCUAUCACAAAUCCGGGAGGAGCAUGUCUACCACUAGUUCGGGUUCCAGCAAGAGACUCAGCAGGAUCGGAUCUUUCUGGAAGAACGUCAAAGCCAACCUUACUACAAAAGCAGUGAGCUCACCACGUGGCAGAGAUGUGGACAUCAUGGCGAAGACCUUGGAGAAGAACACCAUGCAGGCCACCGUGAAGAGUGGCCAGGACCUGGAGAUGGUUGGCUCUGUGACUUCCGAGAUCAAGGAAACAGUGACCUUCACAGCCCAUUAA